CUGAGAGGCCUCUCUCCUGUUUGGGAUUAUUCUAACUGACUAGUAGUACCUAACUACGUACCCAGCUGUUGGGGAAAUCCGGAGGUGAGGGAUAUUUAUUGAUUCAUUAGGCUCCUUUGUUCUGUUCCCUCUCUCUCUCUUUUUUUCCUUUCUCUCACCUUUUCUCCGUCUCUCAUCCCUACCUACCUACAUCCACUACAUUAAAAACAACACUCGUUUCGUUGUUCUACCCUACACUCGUUCUACACACUCGCUCCUCCACAAGAGAAACCCAAAUAAUCGACAAAAAAAUGUCCACCACCACCGCCACCGCAACCACCUCCGCCGCGAGCUGCACCUCAACCGGCAACCUGUACGUGCUGCCCGUUCAGGACGCGGCGUGCGCCAUCCCCAACACCAAGAAUGCCAGCGCCAUUAUGGACAAGUGCUGCUCGCCCGCCAGCCCAACCAAAUACGACAACGACUGCGGAAUCUACUGUCUGGCGCAGGGGCAGGAUGUGAAGGAGCUGCUUUCUUGCAUUCAGUCUAAUGGUGCCGUCGAGGAUCCCUUCUGCUCUGGAAACUUGACGGCGACGGCGACGGCGAGCGUGACGGGGACCAAGGCGACGGGGUCGACGAAGACGGGGACGAGUACGGGAAGUGCGGCGAGUGAGACGGGGUCGUCGGCGGCUGUGCCGAUGAAGCAGGCUGGGGUUAGUAAGGUUGGAUUGGGGAUGUUGGGGAUGGUUUUGUGCAGUGCUGUUUUGGGGGCAUUUUAGAAAUCUGAUUAUGGGUUUAUGGAUAUGAUAUGAUGGUCUGGGGUGAGGGGGAGAUGAUGGAGGGUUUCGGGACUGAAUGUAUUCCUAUUUCGAUUC